UAUGUCUGCAGCUCUGGGCCUCUAAUGUUCUUUUAUCGACCUGCCACCUUGAUGAAGUCCCUACAUGUUCAUGUCUGCAUUUUAAACUGAAAACAAGGGCAAAUAGUCCAACAGCUUUCAUCUUUUCCAGGUUGUCAUGGAGCUCACAGAAAGGAGUAGGUGAUUAUUUCCAGGGGAAAUCAAACUGUACUCUGGCCUUGGUUCCUUUAAACUAACUUGAUCCCAGUUGUGGAAAACAAAUGAUUACAUCAACUUGAACGCCGUUCAUCUGAGAUCAGACUGGAGCAGAGCGACGAUGAGCAUAAACUGAAAUGAAAUAACGACAUGUUGGUGUCAGGGAUGCGUCCACACUGUGCAUCACCACAAUCAGAAAUACAACCUCGAAUGCAAUAAACUUUGAGAUGUUCGUCUACAUAAUAAGAAUGAAGAUGAGAGAGACUGUGGUGUGCGGGAAGCCCACACAGGACGCGGCCAUUGGGCAGAUCUCCGUUCCUGGCACAGAUGUUGGCGCCGCACUCCUACUCUGACUCCACUGGAUCUGACUCGGGAGCGCUCAGUGGAUCCACAAGAUGCGCACCCCAGGCAGGGAGGAGCUUCGGGAAUUUCACACCACUUGUUCCACGCCACUCUUGAGUGAAGACUCGUUUCCCAAAGUAGAUAUUGCGGCGAAAGGUGUUGGCGCAGCCUCGGUACUGUGGACCUCCCAGUAAAAAUGAGCCCACUUGACACAUCCAACACCACAGCAGAAGUGGAGCCUGGCGAAAGCGAUCUGCCGUUUUGGUUCAACGACAGCUUUGACUCAUUCCAGCCCGGUUUCAGCUCUGAUAUCACCAAGCACCUUGGAGUCCAAAUCACUCUAAUAAUGGCUUAUUCCUUAAUAAUCCUGCUGGGGCUGCUGGGCAAUUCCCUGGUCAUCUACAUGAUUAUUCGCUACAGAAACAUGCGGACAGUGACCAACUACUUCAUAGCCAACCUGGCCUUAGCAGACCUUCUGAUGGUCACUCUUUGCCUGCCCUUUACUCUGAUCUACACUCUGCUGGAUGAAUGGAAGUUCGGUGCCGUGUUGUGCCACAUGGUCCCGUUUGCCCAAGCGCUGAGUGUUCAUGUGUCCAUCCUGACCCUGACUGUCAUAGCGCUGGAGCGUUACCGCUGCAUUGUCUUCCACCUUGGUCGACGCCUGACCUGGCAUUCCAGCCUCUUCAUCAUGGCAUUCACCUGGACUAUUUCUUCUGUCCUGGCAGCUCCUCUUGCCAUCUUCAGGGAAUAUCGCUAUGAAGAGAUUCCUCCUAUCAAUCUGCGCAUGCCUGUCUGCUCUGAGAAGUGGCCCCACGGCAUCAACAGGGACGGAGUCAUCUACAGCCUCUCAAUGAUCCUACUGCUGUACAUUCUUCCUUUAGCAAUCAUCAGUUACGCCUACAUAUGCAUUUGGGUCAAACUGAAAAACCACGUCAGUCCGUCCAGCCGAAACGACAGCAUCAACCGACGCAAGAAAACCACAAAGAUGCUGGUGCUGGUGGUGGUGGUGUUUGCAACCAGUUGGCUGCCUUUACAUGUGCUCCAGCUGGCCACUGAUCUGGACUUGGUGCUCCGGUUUGAGGAGUAUAAGCUCAUCUUCACUGUGUUCCACAUCGUGGCUAUGUGCCCUACCUUCACUAACCCUCUUCUCUAUGGAUGGAUGAAUAAAAACUACAGAAAUGGCUUCAUAAUGGUGUUCCGUUGCGAGGACAAGGCAGAUACUUUCCACCCCGAUGGGUCGUUCAGGACAUGCUCUGUGAGAAGGCCCACGCUGAACGGUCGUAACAGCAGACACCCUCCCACUGCUGUAUGAGAUUUGUUUUGUUUAAAAGCAGAAUUUUAGCACAUUAGCUGGACUUCUGCUUUAAGGGGUGUGUGGUUCUCAAGAAGCCUUUUGACUUAAAAGAACUGACCGAUGGGUGCAUUUCAAUUGUAUCUAUCCCGAAGCUUUCAGCUCCUUGUUGGUUUUCAUUUGUCAUUUGUCCACAAAAGUUCAAAGUACAGGUACCUUAGAUGUGUCACUUACUUCUGGUCAAUACUGAACUUCUGAGAUGUCGCUACUGCUCACAGUGUCUUCAAAGUAAAAAAACAAGGCAAAACAAAACUACAUGUUCACUUAUGCUUUUGGUCUAGUGUUUCCAGCUGAAUAAAUUCCAGCUGGAAAAAUGUGUUAUUGUUAGCAAAGGCCUGGCUAUUUGCACAACUAUGAUAAAAUUAGGAGAUGGUUUUCUAAAUGAUACCAAUAAAGCAUAAUUUUCUGACAAUUUUUGAACACUGGGUACAUUAUAAAACAGCAGUAAGAUAACUACCAAUCAUGUGAAAUCCUUAAGCUGCUCUCACACUAUUUUCUGUCUUGCCAUGUGUGCUGGGCCUUAAAAAGGACAAAGCAGGACAAAAAGGUAUCAUUUUGGAAACAUCAAAUCGUAUCACAGUUUUGAUGGAUGUUUGUCACUUUUGACAUGUCCUCACUUUGCAUAAUGCAUAAAAAUUGGGAUUACAUGGAGCAGUAUUGUGUAAAAUCUACUUUUUUAGCUUCAGAUCAUGUUAUAGUGUUAUUUCCUCAUCUAAAGCCAUGCCUGGAGUGUUGCUUUGAUUCUUUCAUGCAUGCUUGAGAAAUCCUUUAAUCUCAUUUUGCACAAUCAUUCAGAUGUACAAAACUCUUGGUGGGACUGAGAACCGUCUUCGAGGAUGAAUCUCCUCCUCAGAGCUGCAGUUCCCACGCUUCUGAGCCUCUUCUUCACAGAUCUCUGCAACUUCCUCACUCAGCUCCUUCAGACUAGCCAGCACAUUUAGCCAACACCUGGUGGAACUGUACAUCUGCUGAUUUCAUUAUACCUGCUAUUUCUCAAUGCAAAGUUGGUAAAAACGUUGUUAAAGGUUCUAUGGAGGAGUGAUGUUGUGAUGACUUCCUGAAAGUUGAGUGCUGGAAAGAGUGGGAUGGGACAUUCUCAAAGAGAAUUUUUCAAGGCAUGAAAAAUUAUGUGAAAUGUUUAAGCUGCUCUCGCACUAUUUUCUAUCUUUCCACAAUUGAAAAUAGUGUGAGAGCAAAUUUAUUUUAAGUCAUAUUUGAUACGUACAGCAAUUCCAAAACAACUGAAGGUAAAAUAGUUACUUGAUUGUGUCAUAAAAUUAUUCUAUAGCGCUGAUGUGCUAUAGAAUAAUAGCACAUCACAUGACUAUUCGUCAUAGGGAGUUAUUUUACUUUUUUCCAUUACAUAAGCUAUUUUUUAUUCAUCUAUACUUAGGAAUCAACCGAAUGUCUGAGAAUGAAGUGUCAGUGAUCUAUGAAUGCUAUGAGGAAUUAUUAGAGUAAUUAAUCAGAAAACUGGUUGUGCCAUCAGUUGUACUUUUAGUUUCAAGCAUUCAAGCAAAUCUGCAUGAGCACUGACGGAGUUCUCACAUGAACAUGCUAGCAUUAAGUUAUUGGUGUCAUAUUUGACCAAUGGCACGCUUACGAUUUGUAAACACACAAGUCCCAAAAAAAUCUGUAGCAGCCUGCCAUAGCUAGUGACCGUGUUAUGUUACUUAAUAUUUUUUCAUUGAUUACUUCAUUUAUCUAUAGUCAAGUGCUGAGUGUCAACAAAUUUUGAACACGUCAACAUUUUUAACCAGGGCUAGUUUACAACGUCUUUCUCCAGUUGGGCUUUCGGUCAAACAUACAAUGGUUUUUAUAUUAACUAUCCUUCAGUAUUAAACGCAAGGACAAGUGAUGCUGGAAAGUGAUUUGCCUAAGGCUGUAUGUAAUCCCACCCUAAUAAAACACUUGGCAGAUAAGCAACAGUGUGACAAAGGUGUUAACUAUUCAGAAAUGGCUAACAACCUUUCAAAGCUCCACCCUUUCGAGGGUGUUUUCAAAAGUGCUACCUCCCUACCCUGAACCCUGCAGCUUAAAUGAGAGGAGACAAGAGAUAAGAACCCCUCCACAUAGAGACAAUGGUUGACACAUGGCUUUGGUCACUAAAGAGGGCCCAAUGCUUUGCAUGCAAAUCUCUUUAUAGGGCUCCUUGUUGAAUUGUGAGUGGUACUUGUAAAGUACAUAUCUAAUUUAUUCAAAUAUGUAUCUAAAAUGUUUACCUAUGUCUUAUGAAAACAUGUUCCGCUGUAUGUACAAAAUUCUUGUUGCUAAAUAAUGUUGAACUUUGCAGUAUAUUUUCUAGCGAGAAGGCAGAGAUUUAUGUGACAGUGAAUGUAGGCUUCUCAUGAUACUUCGGUAAUUGUUUUCGCAUUCAUCCAAAUCCUCUAAUCUGGAAAAAUAAAACUGUUCCAGCUCAGCAACAUUCAAUCCUCUUCCAAGAAAUCCAAAAGGCAACGUCACUAAUAUUCUGUACAAACAGGAAGUUAAUUGUUCUCACCUGGCCACCAUCUGUUCUUGAUUAAGGAGAGCAGUGGGACUCUGUGUCCAGAAGAAUGGGACUGGAAACCAGCGACCUGUGUGACGCCAGGGCAGCACACUGUUGAUGUCUUCAUUACAAAAUCUUGUUCAAGGGGAUGUAAAAAGAACAUGCAAUUCUGUGUUCAUUACACUGCUGCUAAAGUGACCUUUCUGUUGAUGCUACUUAAUAAAUGUGGGGACAUGAAUCAACAAUGAGGCCUCUGGGCACGGGUGACACAUUACAGCUGCUGUUUCUAUAAAGACAACUUAUUGUUUGUUCCUCUGUG